AAAGUAGCCCAACCUUGGGUGUGAAAUGUGUAAAAUUAAACUUCAGAAAAUCGUGGGGAAUUUAUAAGAUAAGCUUCAAAAAUUGUACGUGAAUGGAACGGUCAUCUAGAAAUUUUUAGCCGUCCCGCUCAAGUAAAAGAAAAUUCUGGGCAAAAUUUGCUUCUCCGAACAGAUAUUUUACAGAAAAUAGUCGUUGGGUGCCCCUGACUAGAUUUUUGUUCCUUUUAAAAACUUUGGUCAUUGUAUUUACUAUAUAGACUGCCUUCAUAAAUGUCGUUGAUUAACAUGAAACUCUGAACAAAUGCGAUUUAAAUCAUGUAUUAACAAGUAUACACCAAAAGCUUGAGACUGAAACACUCCAGACUAGAAACGUGAGAUCAAGUGGUUUUAUAUUUUCACAUAUGAUUUGUGCAUUCUGUUUUCUGACAACUUAGUCAAUUUGUGUGGGCUCUCACUUGUGAAAUGCGCUCGUAGAUUUAAACUAAAAGAGUUAGUUUUGACUUAGUGAACAUUUUGACUGAGCGGGAAAAUGUGUUCCAUUUUAGUGAAUUUUCCGCUAAAUCUGAAAAACUCUAUAUCCGCCCCGUUCGCGUAAUUUCUGUAGCAGUUAUUAUGGCUGUUGUUUAACGAUGCAUAUUUCUUUUCGCCUUCGUUGUGCUUUAAAACAAGGGCACCUAACGACGGUUUCCUUCAAAAUACGUUGAAAACAUUUUUUAGGCUAUCCAGAGCACUUUUAGAUCUCUAGAAGAGCAUUCUAAGCGGCGCUAGAAAAUUUUUAUCUGUUCGGUCAUCCUUUUCGAAAUAACAAGGGCUUCAGUAUUAUUUUCCGAAAAUUUGGUAAUUUUGAUUUUAAUGUGCGGUAUUGCGGUAUCAUCUACCCCUGCGGUAUACGGUUUUUCAUCUUUCUGGCUAAAGAUAUUCGGUAAAAGAAGAUCCUUCACAGUAUUGCAGUACCACUCAUUUAAGUUCUCCUGUCUAAUGCACUGGUCAAUAUUUGGAAAACUUUACUAGACUUUUGUAAAUGAUUACACAAUUUGUGACAGUUAAUCUACAAUGGAAUUGUUGUUGCAACCAUGCUAAUGACCGGGUUGUUCGAUCGUUGCACCGAUAAAUUCGAGGUCUUCUCACGUUUUCUCGCAAUGCCUGAGGUAGAUUUCUGGUGCAUACAUGCUUCAGAUAAACAAACACGCGGGAUGGAUACAACUUUAAGUAAGCGUGACCGAUCAUAAAUGCGGUAUCGGUAUUUCGUCUAUUCUCGACACGGUAUUUCGGUAUUCGUCAAUUUUUUUAUUGAGUCUGUCUUCAGAUUAAACUGUCUGGUUACAUAAAGGCCAAAGCAUUUUCAAUUUCCGACUGUUCCUUUUUUUUUUUUCUACAAGAUGAGUCCCAGGCCUCCCCAUAACUACUUGUAACAAAAUCACAGGUCUUGAAAUAAGAAAUGUACUGUAAAAGUAAAGUCUUCCAAGACGCGAAGCGGAGUAGCAGUUUUGUACUGAUCGAUUUUUCUUGUGAACUAAAAGUAAAAAAUGCAGGUCCCGUUUGUAUUGCGAUUUUACCACCCCGAUAAAAAGGAUAAAAUCGGUCGUUUUAUCCAUUCCUUGGGUUCAAAAAUGGCCUUAAAGCUGUUACCACUGGCAGUAUUCAGUCUUUUCGAAGUAAAGAAACGCUGCGGAUCGUGUAUCCAAAGUAUCCGGUUUUGGAUAUGAUCCAAAAAUUCACCUCAGUUGUGGAUCAUCAUUUCGAUUUUAGUAAAGAAACGAACUAUCCGUUUUUGGAUUAAAAAUCCGGAUUUGGAUUUUAGUAAAGAAACGCACCCUUAGUAGAUCCAUGGAACUGACCUAAUUUGACCUGUUACCAUGCCCACCCGGGGAAACCCCGGGGAUCUGCAUGUUUUUUCCUUGCGGUCUAUUCCCCACCCCCGGGCACACAGAAGGAGACAAUUCCCCACUCCCUAUCUCCUGAUCGACCUCAUAUACGCUUUUUGAGGGUAUAUCAAUACAAUAGCAAAACGAGACGUUUUCUGAACUUUCUCUAGAGUUUAUUGAGAGAAUGUCAAUAACACAUUUGAUAGAACGCUUUAUAAGAACACUUGACCGAAUCUCUGUUUACUAUAUAUAGCCUUGUACCCAAUUUCAUCCAUUUUUUUAAGUUGUAUUAGUUUUAAACUAGACUGAAGAAAUAUUUCUUUGUUUCUUUUGCAAAAAAAAAGCAUUCAAGUACGCACCAUUCGCCGGCAUAUUCGCUUGAAAUCCGUUAAAACAUACCUCCAAAUACAGACUUUCAUUUUGAUAAUUAAAAUACUGAGGUCUGUGAACGCUAAAUAUCAUUAUAUUUUACCUCUUUGUUUAUAAAAUAAAUCAAGGAGACUUACCUUUGAUGUAUUCCUGUGAUUUUUGGUGUGAAUUCAUCGAUUUAGUCGUUCUUUAUGGCUGUACUGGUGUUAUCCCGUGUAACAACUCCCUUCAAGUUUUACAGGGGUCACACAAUAAAAAACGACUAAAUCGAUGAAUUCGCACCAAAAAACACAGGAAUACAUCAAAGGUAAGUCUCCUUUAUUUUUUACGAAAAGGUAGAGUAUAAUGAUAUUUAGCGUUCGCAGACCUCAGUAUUUUCCGGGAGUAUUUUAUUCUCAUACAACGUCUGACCCGUCGCCUGUAACGUAACACCGACUCUCUUAUGAGAAAGUAAAUUUACAUCCCACCCUCGGAAAGUGAGCUUGGGACACCUGUGCUAUACCAGGCAUUUUUCUAAUAGGGUUGGGGGGGGGGGGGUACUUCCUUAUAAGAGGCUAAUGGGGAUGNUGUUACCAUGCCCACCCGGGGAAACCCCGGGGAUCUGCAUGUUUUUUCCUUGCGGUCUAUUCCCCACCCCCGGGCACACAGAAGGAGACAAUUCCCCACUCCCUAUCUCCUGAUCGACCUCAUAUACGCUUUUUGAGGGUAUAUCAAUACAAUAGCAAAACGAGACGUUUUCUGAACUUUCUCUAGAGUUUAUUGAGAGAAUGUCAAUAACACAUUUGAUAGAACGCUUUAUAAGAACACUUGACCGAAUCUCUGUUUACUAUAUAUAGCCUUGUACCCAAUUUCAUCCAUUUUUUUAAGUUGUAUUAGUUUUAAACUAGACUGAAGAAAUAUUUCUUUGUUUCUUUUGCAAAAAAAAAGCAUUCAAGUACGCACCAUUCGCCGGCAUAUUCGCUUGAAAUCCGUUAAAACAUACCUCCAAAUACAGACUUUCAUUUUGAUAAUUAAAAUACUGAGGUCUGUGAACGCUAAAUAUCAUUAUAUUUUACCUCUUUGUUUAUAAAAUAAAUCAAGGAGACUUACCUUUGAUGUAUUCCUGUGAUUUUUGGUGUGAAUUCAUCGAUUUAGUCGUUCUUUAUGGCUGUACUGGUGUUAUCCCGUGUAACAACUCCCUUCAAGUUUUACAGGGGUCACACAAUAAAAAACGACUAAAUCGAUGAAUUCGCACCAAAAAACACAGGAAUACAUCAAAGGUAAGUCUCCUUUAUUUUUUACGAAAAGGUAGAGUAUAAUGAUAUUUAGCGUUCGCAGACCUCAGUAUUUUCCGGGAGUAUUUUAUUCUCAUACAACGUCUGACCCGUCGCCUGUAACGUAACACCGACUCUCUUAUGAGAAAGUAAAUUUACAUCCCACCCUCGGAAAGUGAGCUUGGGACACCUGUGCUAUACCAGGCAUUUUUCUAAUAGGGUUGGGGGGGGGGGGAUACUUCCUUAUAAGAGGCUAAUGGGGAUGUGUCGGUGGAUGGGGUCGCAUUUUCACGCCUGGAUUGACUAGAAUGGGGUCGCACAUUUUCGGAUUUUGUGGGUAAGAAGAUUCUAUUCCGUAGGGAUUCAAAAUGGGAAGAUUCUCGGUUAAAAAGUUCCGAAAGUUGUUGUUUAUUAUUAGGUAUAAAGUAAAGUGUUCUUCAUUCAAUUUAAAAAUGUUUCAAUCCAUUGGAAAUAAGGUAGAUGCAAAACUAAAAUAGGAAUCGCGAAAAUUAUAUUUGCCCAAAAGUGACUAAGACGGGGUCUAUAAUUGGCCACAGAACAGACUAUAAUGGGGUAGGGGCUCCGAGCCGCCUACGGCAGAUACACAGCAAAUUAACCAAAAAAUUAACCAAAGUACCUCCCCCCUCCCCUCCCCAAGCUUUAUAAACACACCCUUGUUGUGGAUCACAUUUGUUCGACUUUCUUUCUGCUGCGGCUGCUAAUCUCAUAAAUUUUGAACAGGACUCGACUCCAGUUGAUCACUUGUUUUCACGCGACAAUAAAUCACACAUGGGGCACUGAUAAAAGCAAAGCUGUGAUUGGAGGAGUUAACGUACCGUAAACGUGCCGCGAACACCUUCAAGGAAAUGAGAGCUGAAACAGGAAUGUGGUUCGAUUUCCAGCAAAUAUCAAGAAAGUUAAUAAUUAGCAGAGUGUUCAGUCAAUCCGAUUGAUACGCCUAAGCCGUCCAGAGAUCAAUGUCGCCCUUUCAAAUCUUAACUUCGAUGUCAGAAUACUCGCUCAGAGUCAUAGAGUCCACAAUACUGUUCAUUUUGAUCUAAAAAAUUUUUUGCUUAAAAACAUUUAAAGAAAUUUUAAAAAACGUGACGUUUCGACGUUGUCGGACGUCGUUAUCAAGUCAAAAGAAAAUAGAAUUUGAAUGUUCUAUAAAUACAAGAGAAAAAAAUAAUACGUCAUUAAAAAGAAAAGUAACAUAUCAAAAUACUGUAUGUUACUAGUUAAACAAAGAGUUUUUUAAAACAUGUUCUAAAUGUGUUAAAAAAUUGCUUCUUUUUGAACUGUUGAUCUUGUUACUUUUUUUGUCUGGGUGGGAAGAGGAGUGGCAUUUCCUUGCAUGGCCUAAGCAGGUAUGUGCCGCUGAACCGGGUAUGGUUUUAAGAGUCUAGAGUCUUAAACAGGGGAUACGAUUACACUAUUUAGUGUCUUGAACAGAGUGUCCUUUUUUGACAUGAAGCCUUAAACAUGGACGAAAACGUUUACAUUUUUACGCCGGUGCAUGAUCUACAUGUGUAGAACCAACAAUUUUUCUCCAAAAAAUGCAAAUGUGCAAAUCCCCCCGGGGGGGGGGGGGUCCCCUAAGACGGCCGCUGAUACCGUAAGUGCAAAGUUAAAUGAUUUGUCUGUUUAUUUGGGUUAUGCAGAUUGUUCACCAGAACGGGCUCACCGCCGUUGCUGAUCUAGAGUUUCCUUUGAUAAAUGAAGAACUGGAGCAACAAAAGGCCGAGGAGAUUCUGAAGAACAAGGAGAUCUCACAUUUCUCUACCUACUUGGUUCCCAGUGCUCGAAAUUACUCUAAGAUGUAUGGCGGAGACAACCAGAAGGCUAUAGAGCACAUCCAAGAUCUCGCAAAGACAUUAAGUGACGAUCAAGUGGUUCUCUACAACAACCAUGCCAAAUGUCUUUGUGACGGAGCGUUCUAUUCACAGCUGAUGCAGAUGAAAGACGGAUACAUAGACGGACACGAUGGUCAGUGGAUCAUGCAGCCAGAAGAACUGGAGGAAACCAUGCGGGUUUACUGGAGAAAUGGCUUUCAGAUCCAUGUACACACCAAUGGAGACCUUGGCAUGCAGAAGCUGCUGGAGGUCGUGGAAACCCUCAACAAGGAGUCCCCGAGAGAAAACCAUCGAGUCACAGUCGAGCAUGCUGGUUACUUUACUGAAGACCAAGCUGAUAAAAUCGCUCAGUUGGGCUUAUUGGUGUCUGCAGCCCCUUACUACUUCUACACACUGGCUGACAAGUACAGCGAAGAUGGUCUCGGAACUGCAAGAGCUCAAGCGAUGGUUCCAAUGAAAUGGCUCUUUGACAGGGGCGUGGUUACAGCCUUCCACUCCGACUUCACCAUGGCACCGUCGGCGCCUCUCCUGCUGGCCUGGAGUGCCAUCACCCGCGUUACAGCAGACGGGAACACGUACAGAGAAGAUCUCAGGGUGACACCCUAUCAAGGCAUGCUGGCCAUCACCAAGAAUGCCGCCAUAAUCUUGGGCACUGACGAAAUCAUGGGCACCAUUGAAGGAGGAAAACUCGCCAAUUUUACAAUCCUGGACCAGAACCCACUAGCGGUGGAGCCGAUUGACAUCAAAGAUAUCAAAAUCUAUGCUUCAGUUUACAAAGGGAAAAUGUACAUGACAAGCAAGACAAGAGUCUAA